AUGAACUUCUGCACUCAAGACACUCUUCUGCACCCUAAGAGGGAUAGUAAUGCUUUAUCUUGCUCGAACAUGGUAAAGGCUGCAAGUAUGCCAGAUCAAACAUCCGCCGUCGCUGCUCCUGAAUUUGGACUUGGUGAGAGCUCAUCUGGCACUGAUGAUGAUGUCCAAGAACUUCGAUCUUCUUUGCUUCAACGAACUGGACUGAAUCCUGUUGUGCCGGCGGUGAGCGCUGAACUUCCACAGAUUUUUUCAGUUUCGUUUCAUGAACGUGAAACGUGA